AUGGAUCAAAAAAAAGAUGAAAAAUCUGAUGAAACAAAUGAUCAAAAACCAAGUGAAGAACAAAAACAAGGCGAAAAACAAAUGGAUGAAAAUGAUUAUCCUAUUGAAAAAAUUGAUACAACAAAAACGGUUUUUAAUGGAGUUGGAACAAUAACCGAAAUAUUUAAACCUUUUGUACCAUAUAUUGAUAUCAUAUUAAGUGCAGCAAAUGCUAUAAUUAAAAUUUAUGAAGAUGCUAAAUAUAAUAAAAAUAUUUGUUUAGUAUUUGUAGAACGUAUGCGAAUUGCUAAAUUUAUUAUUGAAAGAUUAACAACAUCUAAAGAAUCUAAUAUAGAAACUUUUCAAAAUCAAUCAUUUCUUGAUGCUCUUGUAAAAUUUAGUAAUACAGUUCGUACUAUAAAAAAAUUUGUUUUAGAUAUUUCUCAAAUGAAUCAAAGAAAAAGAUUUUUUAACGCAACUGAGAUUAGAGGAACUAUUGAUAAACUUAGACAAGAUUUUAAUGAUGCAAUGAGUGAUUUACAAUUUUCGAUUAUUGCUAAUCAAAUGAUUGAUAAAAUAGAAGAGGAUAAAAAAAUAGAGAAUGAUCUUAAUACAAUGCAACAGUAUUUGAUAAAAAUAUUAGAAUGCGUAGAAACUACAGCUGAACAGGUACAAAAAAUUGCUAUCGCAAACGAAGUACUCAAUAAUGACUCUAAGAGAAAUAUCUGGAAUACAUUUAAAGCUCCACAAAUUGAUCCUAAGGAUGUCACUGAUCCUAGAAUAGGUGCAUCUCAUGGGAAAGUGGUGAAAAAAGUUUAUAUGUCACUGAAUGUAGCUUGUAAACCAAUUGAAAUUUUAAAUAAUGAUUCACCACAAUCUUAUAAACAGCAAGGUCGCCUUGCUAUAUUAAAUGAAUUACAACGAUGUAGAUAUAUUAUUAAAUUUCAUGGUAUUUCUAAAGUGGAUGGUCAUACAGUUUUGGUUUAUGACUGGGCUGAUAAAGGCAAUUUAAAAGAUUAUUAUUCAACAAAACCACUUUUAUGGAAAUCUAAACUUCAAAUUGCGCGUGAUAUCUGUUAUGGUUUAAAUUUUCUAUGUUAUGUGGGUGUCCUUCACCACGAUGUUCGCUGUGAAAAUAUUUUGUUAACUGAUAGGUUGGAACCAAAAAUAACAAAGUUUGAACUUUGUCGUAAAACGGAUCAAGAAACAUCUUAUAUUGACAAUCCUAUUGAAAUGUUUCCUUGGAUGGCUCCAGAAAAAAUGAAAGGUGAUCCAUAUACUCAUAAAUGUGAAGUUUUUAGUUUUGGUAUGUUGCUUUGGGAACUUGCAUAUCAGAAGGUCCCAUAUGAAACAAUUAGUCCCAAACAAGCUAUUAGAGAAUUUGUGAUUAAAGGUAAUAGGGAAGUUUUAGAACAUAAACAUGGACCAUCAUAUGUUCCUAAGGCUUUUACAAAAAUUAUCAAAAAUGCAUGGCAAGGAAAUCCAAUAGAUCGUCCAAAUUUUCAAGUUUUGCUUGAAGAAUUAGAAAAAUUAUGUAAAAAAUAUGAUUCUACUUCCAUUGAUAGUUCAACUUUUGAAGCAGUUGAAGAAACUACCGAUUCAGAAUCUGAAAGUUCUAUAAAUCGUACUGUUCAUCCAGUAAUUCCUUUUGAAGAAGAAGGAUAUGUGGUUGAAAAAAAUAAAGAAUUAGCUAAUAAAUUAUUCAAAAUUGCAGCUGAUAAGGGUGAUACAAGAGCACAAGUUCGUUAUGCACUUUCACUUGCUGAUAAUAUGGAAGAUUUUAAUGCGAAUGAAGAAAAAAGAGAAGAGUUUAUUAAAUAUUUAAAAAUGGCAGUUAAUGGUGACGAUUCUGCUGCUAUGUGGCACUUAGGUAAUACAUAUUAUAAUGGAAAACUCAAUUUUGAGAAAGAUAAAACAAAAGGUAUUGAAUAUAUUAGAGAUGCUGCUUUAAGGAACUUUUCUAAAGCUGUUGACUUUGUAAAAAUUAAUAAUAUUGAUUUGCUUCAAAAUGAAAAAAAUGAUUAG